UGUUUGUAACGAACUUAGCAAAAAAAUCACUUGUCUGUAUAAACAGAGCUCAUUUUCGUUCUCUCUGUAAAAAAUAAAAAAAGGAAAAAAAAGAAGAAGAUGAAUUUCUCGGAGGCGAUUAAUGCUGUGAAAUGGUACUUCAAUAGGAAUUGGAACAGAGAUGACAUGAUGAAUUUCGAUGAAAUUCCCGAUGAAGUUCACAGAAACUUGAAGAAGGUGUAUCUUACUCUCUUCUGUGCCGUGUUGUGCUCUACUUUUGGAUCCUAUUUGCAAUGGAUCACGAUAGCCGGGGGGCAAUUCACAGUCCUUUCUUAUGUAACAAGUUUAAUCAUGCUUUACAUUACUCCACCAGGGAGAGUGAACACAAGGUUCUUACUGUUGAUGUUUGUUGCCUAUUCAUUUGGUGCUUCUGUUAGUGCUUUUCCAAAUUAUCUUUUCGAAAUCAAGCAACGCAUUGUUCUCAGAAUUUUGGCAGGUAUAACUAUUGGCUCUGGAAAUUUACUGUAUAGAGCCACCAGAACAAGGGAAAGGAGUGAAAUCUACAUCGGUUGCCUGCAAUAUUGUUGUGGUCUAGCGCUCUAUGGCAUUGUUUUUAUUCUCUUGGACAAAAGCCGCACAGCUCUUUGGGUGAUAAACAUACACACUCUGCAGAUAUUAUUCAUGGGGUACCUUGUGAUAUAUAGCCAAGAAAUAGUGUACGAUGCUAACUUUGGAGAUAUUAACUUCGUCAACUGCACAUUCACCGUCUUCUUCCAUUUACCGGGCAUAGUGAUGCAUGCUGCAAGACUAUACCUUCAGAGUGCAGAAAUUGAGCAACAUGAACAGAAUUAAAGCGGAUGCACCUUGGAACUAUAGAGAGUAGAAUGUGCACCUUACUGUAAAUGAUGAACAAAUAUUCUUUUGUGUCUAAAGAACUUGAAUA